AGAGUUUUUAAAAGUUUUAAAGAGACUUCACUCUCUCCUCCUUCAUUCUCUAAGUAUCCGUCAAGGUGGUGGCUACUACUACAGUUUGUUCAAACAAACUUUUUUGACUUUUCUUUGACCAAAAUGUAUUCGAUUACAACGCCGACGCUCGCAAUCGGAUCCGGCCAUCACCUGAUGCCAGUUCUAGGUCUGGGAACCGCCGCGUCUCCGCCGCCGGAACCGUCGGUGCUGAAAGAGACGGUGCUGGAGGCUAUCAGACUCGGUUAUCGACACUUCGACACGUCUCCAAGGUACCUGACGGAGGAGCCUCUCGGCGAAGCUCUAGCGGAGGCGGUUUCUCUCGGCUUAGUCGGAUCUCGAUCCGAGCUCUUCGUCACUUCGAAGCUUUGGUGCGCCGACGCUCACGGUGGCCUCGUCGUACCGGCGAUCCAGCGGAGUUUGAAAAAUCUGAAACUGGACUAUCUUGAUCUCUACCUGAUACAUUGGCCGGUUAGCUCAAAGCAUGGUAAAUACAAGUUUCCAAUUGAAGAAGAUGAUUUUCUGCCAAUGGAUUACGAAGCAGUUUGGUCAGAGAUGGAGGAAUGCCAAAGACUUGGGUUUGCAAAAUGUAUAGGAGUGAGCAACUUCUCUUGCAAGAAGCUUCAACACAUCCUCUCUAUCGCCAAAAUCCCUCCCAGCGUUAAUCAAGUGGAGAUGAGUCCUGUGUGGCAACAGAGAAAGCUAAGGGAGCUUUGUAAGUCGAAAGGCAUUGUUGUGACUGCUUACUCGGUGUUGGGAUCGAGAGGAGCCUUUUGGGGAACUCACAAAAUCAUGGAGUCUGAUGUUCUUAAAGAAAUAGCUGAGGCUAAAGGAAAGACCGUGGCACAGGUGAGUAUGAGAUGGGCGUACGAGGAAGGAGUGAGCAUGGUGGUGAAGAGCUUUAAGAAAGAGAGAUUAGAGGAGAAUCUGAAGAUAUUUGAUUGGUCUUUGACAGAGGAAGAGAAACAGAGAAUCUCCACAGAGAUUCCUCAGAGCAGAAUCGUCGUAGGUGAGGUUUAUAUCUCCAAGAAAGGCCCCAUUAAAUCUCUAGAUGAAAUGUGGGAUGGCGAGAUAUAAAUAUCAUAAUCAAAACGAUUUUACUUAUCAUCAAAAUUUACAUAAACAGAGGUUUCUUUACUUGACACCAACGCAAAGGAAUAUGAGUUCAAACUGAAGAUUUGCUCCAACUCACAUACCAUAUAGAUGCCCAAUCAUUUUUGUCUCGAAUUGACAUUCUAUUGCAGCUAGAUCAGUGUUGAGAAUGAAUAUUUGUGUCAGAUGUAAAUGAGCACACCCAUAGUUUAUUAUAUUGCAAGAUAAUUUACAUUAAA